AAUAAAAAUGGCGGACAGCGUCGAGCAGGAUAGUGAUGUGAAAACAGAAAGACAAAUUAAAUUUAAAUCGAAGAAGAAAAAUUUAAGACGUCGAACCUCGUCUGAUAGUGACGAAGAAAGGGAAUCAGAAAACUUUAGAUCAAUCUUGGAAGAUGCAAAAGAAAUAAGAAAAUUACGCAAGAGAUGCAAUGGUGUCAGUGCCAUUGGUCUUGCUUUUGGAAAAAAAUUGACUACAGAAGAAGAGAUGAUAACUGAAGAUCCAUUUAAAUUAAAAACUGGUGGUAUGGUCAAUAUGAAGGCUUUGAAACAAGGAAGGACAGGCAUUGAAGAAUUAGAUGCUGUAAAUCUCGGUAAUACCUUUUCUGCAGAAACCAAUCGACGUGAUGAAGAUGCAGAUAUGAUGAAAUACAUAGAAGAAGAACUGGCAAAGCGUAAAGGAGUGGAGAAUGCAGAAGAAAAUGAUCAGGAUAAUAAAGUAAUGAAACCAGAAGAUGUUCUGUUUGAAGUACCAGAGCAUUUAAGACGAUCGUCAUCUAAAAAAUCAGAAGAAAUGUUGUCCAAUCAAAUGCUAUCGGGAAUACCAGAAGUUGAUCUAGGAAUUGAUGAAAGAAUAAGAAAUAUAGAAGCAACCGAAGAAGAAAAACAAAAAUUAUUAAGAGAAAGAAUGAUAAAGAAAGAGAGUGGUACUUCAUUUGUUCCAACCAACAUGGCUGUCAAUUUUGUUCAGCACAACAGAUUCAAUAUUGAAGAAACUGACAUUCCCAAACCAAAACGACAGAAGAAAAAUAGACCUCAACCAGUCGUAGUAAUUGGAGAUGCAGAUCACUCUCUAGGAAUUGCAGAUAACAUUCACAAGUCGAAGAAAGCUGAAGACGAAGAGAAAGCAACAGACGAUUUUCAUUUUGAAAAGUUCAAGAAACAAUUUAGAAGAUAUUAAAAAAAUCUUCAUUAUAUUAUUCAUCAUUGUCAUCAUCAUGUUUAAGUGUAAAUAGUGUAUAAAAUACUUUAUAAUUUUUGAUAAUGUCAAGCAUUUUUUGUCUUUUAAUAAUUGAAAGACUCUUAGCUUUAAUCAAUUCACAUAAUAAUAAUUUAAUGAAAAUUUGGAGGUAUUAAAAUAUUUAUUGAGAUAUCAAAUCUCUUGUUUUCAUUAAAUAAUUUUAUUUUAAAAUUUCUACCUUGAUAAAGUACUUGAAUCUAUAUACAAAUUUUUUCUAUAUUCAUAAUUCAUUAUGCUUAUUUGAAUUAUUAAUGAACAAUGGAUAAAGUUAUUAAGGUAGUUCUAUAUAACUCCCAUGCCUUUUGUCAAAAUUUCUGAAAUUUUGUGGGAAAGUUUGCCUAUUAGGAGCAUUGAUGCUACUAAAUUUUGGCAGUUAAAGGUCAAGGAGGUCAUAUGUAUCUCCAGUAGGAUGGGAUUUAAUAAUUUACAGUUUAUGAAUACAGUUUAAUUAAAUAAAAAGUAGAAUCUACUUUUCCGUAUAUUUAAACACUGUACCAUUUAAAAUACCAUGUAAAAUACAAAACCACUUAUAAAAUUAUAUUCAACAAAGUACUCUAUGAUUAGCAUUCUUAAGUUAGGUAUUGAUGUCAUAAGAAAUGUUUAUUAUGAUAUAUUUAGAGCUGUAUGCUCAUCUAAUAACUCAUAGUAAUUAAUGCUCAAUCUGGAAUAGAAAUUAUAUAAGUUCUCACUGUCAUUUAAAAAAUACAGUACCAACAAUUCUGUCUGAUAUAUCGAUACUGUAUAAUGUACUGAAAUGGUAAGGCCUAUUCACGCUUCUGUAAUGUAAUAAUUUUAAAAUGAUUAAUUGUAUCAUUUACUUACACAAUUGAUUAAUUGAUGAAGAAAUUUAAUC